AUGUUACAUCAAUAUCUUAUAUCAGGACAAUGCAUAGCUACAGUUAUUCAUCGUCUCAGUAUGGGCUUAGGGGAUUUCGAAGGAAUUAUAUACGGAACAGAAGACCUCCAACAGUUAAAAAAUAUCGGGGAUUCAGGUGACGCCAAACUUAAAGCAGUCCUUACUAUUCAUGAUGUUUGUUUAUCAAACACCCACAGGCUAAUCAGAGAUCCACCUUCAAUUAUUAAAGCUAUUUUAGCAUGUCCAGAAAGCAUGAAAAUUUUAGGCUGAAUUUCUGGUAAACGAGAAGUCCCUGCCACUCCAUCACUAGGAGAUAGAGAAACUUCUAUUUAUUUAGAAACAACUAAAAGUAAAUACCCUGAUAAAUUUUCACAGCAACCUUUAAUAUUUGGCUGCUUUUGUCAAAACACAAAAGGGUUAGAAAACAAUGCAGAUAUGGAUCCUGAUUUGAGGGUAAUUACGCAUUUCGAAUAUAAAUUUUACUCAGUCCGUGAAGGCUUUAAAUCUAUUGUGGUAGAAACACAAAAUCUACAAAAUACUGAUACUCAGUAUAAUGAAAUGCCGUUUACUUAUGAAAUCCCAGAGACUUCUGCGUUUGAAGAAAACAAAGAAAAAAUUAUUCAAGAAAUAGAGUAAUUUUAAUAUAGACAAGCGCCAAUACUUUUGACUGAAGAAAGCCACAACUUUUUAAAGUGCAUAGAAGAAUUAUUGCCUGAAGUCAGACGCCAAAAUUUUAGGUUAGAAGAAGAAUUGCAGAAAAACCUUGCGUUAAAAAAUAUGCUUUAUAAUAAAUAA